AUUCCAGUGUUCUUCUUCUUGACAGUACUAUUUGGAACAAAGUGCUACACAGGUCCUUAUAGGAACGUCGAGAAAGGUAUCCUCAUACUCUACAUGCUGCUGCAAGGGACCACUAUAUCAGACAUGGACGAGUUCCUACCAAAGAAUGGAGGAUACACACUGCACCUGGAAGGCAUAAUAGCUGCCAGCGACACGCUCACGUCGUCUACUUUCUGCCGCCCGAUCCGCAAGCGCAAGGGCAUUGAGUUGACAGAAGAGGAGAUCAGAUACAACGCAGUCUUUGGCAGCUUUCGCUCCAAGGUUGAGAGUUAUUUUGGAGAUAUGCAGACAACAUUCACAAAGUUCAGUCAUACCGUGGUGAAUAGAGCGUCUGAUAAGGGCAUCUUCUCGCUACAGUACAAGCUUUGCUGCCUACUCUCAAACAUCAAGCGUAUGGUCGCCUUGCGCAACAUUACAAUGGAACUAUAUCACAACUACUGGACCCAGGACGACUUCGAUUACCCCAAUGGAGAU